AGAGAAACACCAGGGGCUGUGGUGCUGAGCAACUAUUGCAGGGUGUGAGACUAGAAAUGUGUGUGUGUGCAUGAGAGCAUCUCUGCAUCUGUCCCGAUCCGAGCUAUUGUGUGUGUGAGUGUGUGUGUAUGUGUGUGUGAGCGUGGGGGUGCGUAGAGGAAGACAUCAAGGGUGUGUGUGUUUGCACAUGUCUGAUAUUUCCAACACAACCAGAAGAGGAUAAACCAAAAGUCCUGAUUGUUGUCACUUUUAUUUUUUCCCCAAGCUCUCCAAGUGCCCUGCGCACUCUGUGAAGUUUCUUUCCUCAACCCCCCUCUGCAUCACCACCCUCCUCUUGGUGCAGUACAUCUCCAGUGAGCAUACACACGGUACAGAGGGUCCUUGAGUGCUCGAGCCAGAUAUCAUGAAGUGGAACCUCUUCAAAAAGAAGCCAGAAGCCAUGGUGGGCCCGGAGCCCACGGGACUCGGCGUCACCCACCCAUCACACACCAUGACGAUGGCCCCCGCCGUCUCCACACCUGCGGACAACUCCACCGAAUCUGAGGGACCCGUCAACAAGAAUGAUGUCUUUGAGGAAAUCAAAAGCAAGUUCCUCAAUGAGAUCGAUAAAAUCCCAUUGCCUCCGUGGGCGCUCAUCGCCAUCGCUGUUGUGGCCGCCCUCCUCAUCCUCACCUGCUGCUUCUGUAUCAUUAAGAAAUGCUGCUGUAAGAAGAAGAAGAACAAGAAAGGCAAAAAGGGAAAGGACGGCUUCAACAUGAAGGACAUGCAGGGUGGAGAUGAUGAUGAUGAUGAAGAAGGAGAAACUGGUUUGACGGAGGAGGAGAAAGAGGAAGAGGAAAAAGAAGUGGAGAAACUUGGAAAGCUUCAGUAUUCUUUGGAUUACGACUUCCAGGAUAACAAGCUGACAGUGGGAAUCUUGCAAUGUGCCGAUCUGAUUUCCAUGGACUCUGGCGGAACAUCCGACCCUUAUGUUAAAGUGUUCAUCCUACCAGACAAGAAGAAGAAGUUUGACACUAAGGUGCACAAAAAGACCCUCAACCCAGUGUUCAAUGAGUCAUUUGUGUUUAAGAUCCCAUAUGAGGAGCUGGGUGGGAAGACGCUGGUCAUGUCUGUGUACGACUAUGACCGCUUCUCCAAGCACGACAUCAUCGGUGAGGUCAAACUACCCAUGAACACUGUGGAUCUGGGUCAGCCGAUCGAGGAGUGGAAAGACCUGGAUAGUGUUGAGAAAGAGGAGCCGGAGAAGCUUGGUGACAUCUGCAUCUCUCUGCGUUACGUUCCUACUGCGGGCAAACUGACCGUUUGCAUCCUCGAAGCCAAGAACCUGAAGAAGAUGGACGUGGGCGGCCUGUCUGACCCGUAUGUGAAGAUCCAGCUAUUGCAGAACGGCAAGCGUCUAAAGAAGAAGAAGACUACGGUGAAGAAGAACACACUGAACCCGUACUACAAUGAGUCCUUCAGCUUUGAGAUCCCUCUGGAGCAGAUGCAGAAAAUCUUAGUAGCAGUGACGGUCUUCGACUACGAUAAGAUCGGCAAAAACGAUGCCAUAGGGAAGAUCUUCAUUGGCAGCAAAGCCACAGGCACAGCGAUCAAGCACUGGUCUGACAUGUUGGCCAACCCGCGCCGCCCCAUCGCCCAGUGGCAUCCCCUCCAACCGGAGGAAGACAUCGACGGUGCUCUGGCUGCCCUUAAUGCCAAGAAGUAACUUCUCACAUCUCAGCCUGAUUAACCAACUAACUAACCAACCCACCACUGCAUGACACCCCAUACUCAUCUGUAUGUGCUCUGCCCGUUUGUUUCGCAUAAUCACCAACAAAAAUAUUCUAAAGAAUAUACUUGAAAAGAUUAACAAUAUCACAUGUUCGCCACAUAGCAUAAACCAAGGCAAAUAACAUUGUACACCUAAAUAGCGAAAGCAAAACGACCGUAGGAGAAGUAGCCAGCAAGAGUGAUAUUUUACACGUUUUCUACUUUGCAGCCCAAUUUGCCAGCCAACUACACAAUACGCAAAAUACAAAAAUAGUAAAAGCCAACAAUGAAAGUGCACAAAAAAAUGAGCAAACAAACCUGAAGAGACCAUUUUUGCAACUAUUUGCCUACAACUAGUUAACUGGAUUAAAUAUUACAAAAGGCUUUUAUUUCAUUCCAUGAACAGGAAGUUGUUGUUGUUUGUCGGAUAUAUUGGUGAGCUGGAAUUUUGUUCCUAAUCAUAAGUGCAAAUAAGGGUAAGUUUAUGUUGCAAAUGUCUACACAUUUGCACAAUUACAAAGCAAUGAUCACGUUCACUUAAACAUCCCAGGAGAAGAAAGUGGUGGAGGGCAGAUUUGUUUACAUUGUCGAUGGGUAAAUUAGGCCUUUGGGCCAUAAGACACGUCAAAACAUAUUGCAUUUGCAUAUAUGUGCCCAAAAGAAAGAGGAUUCAGGUCUAUGGUUUUGUAAUAGUGCAGUUAGAUAGGACUAUAUUAAUAAAUAGGCUAGUAAUUCAUGAAAUGUUGCAAUAAACAUUCAACACGAAUCAAGCGUGGUUUACAGUCAGUGUAAAGAUAUAGACACUCACAAACGGUCUCUUUUACUGUAAUGCUGCGAUUACAGUGCCAAAUCCAGACGUUCGUGAAUCUCACAUAUAGAAGAUCCCAUCUGGCCGAACCUGACAGGCACUAAAGCUGGCUGUGAAUGUAUCGUGGGAUCGUACAAAUGAAAUUUGCACUCAGUCAGUGUGUCUUUGAGAGCUCACUGUCGUGUUUUCAUGAUCUCGGCCUUUCACAUACAUUUGAAUACCUGGU